AAAUUAAACAUGAAUUCACACACAUUGAUGACACCCGGAGAGCAAGAGAUCAAAGAAAACAUAAUAGUAGAUGGUGAAGCUGAAAUUCAUGAAAAUAACCUACACGAAAAGGAUGAGGAGAUGCCGGUUGAAGUCGAGACAAUGAUGGGCUAUUCCUUUCCGGUUAAGCUAAGUGACGGGAAGGAGUUGAAAGCUAUCGGUUUAAGGAAAAAAAGUGUGCUUGGGUUGUCAUUCAGAAUCUAUAGUUUCGGGAUAUACGUGGAUAACCGGAAACUGAUGGAUGUUGUAAAUUCAAAGACUCUGGAAAACCCAGCAAAGGCUACAAAAGAAAUGUAUAAAAUGGUGAUUGAUGAUCCAGCAGGAAUCUCGGUCAAAAUGAUUAUACUAAUUUCAAAUCUUACUAUGAACAUGGUAAGAAAGAACUUUAAUGACGGUAUAGGAGCAGCUAUAUGGAAACUUGGUGGGAAAAACAACGAGCUCACAAAAAGGAUUAUGGGGGAAGCUACGAAUGACGUCAAGUUGACUCCUGGUUCUGAAAUUGAGGUUACAUGCCUUCCUGGAAAUGUCCUAGAGACAAAAGUGCAUGGCAAGGUGGUAAGCAAACUUGAAAGUGAAAUUCUUUGCAGGGCUUUUGUUUAUCUGUAUUUGGGAGAUGAUCCUUUCGACAAGGUAGCCAAAGAAAAAUUUGGGACGUGUCUUCUUCAUUCCUCCAAGUGAUAGAUGCUAAGAAGCUUCAGAUUUGUUGUAAGAUACAAAUACAUCAUAAUUACAGUAUUAUCAAAUUCAA